AUGCGAAUCAAAUCUACGGAGGGAUCUGUUACAGUGGCUGAUUGGAUCGCUCUUUCCUCGCGUGUAGCCGGCUUUAGUCCCUCUGCCUGCCGCCUCUAUAGCAUCCUCCUGCAGCGGCAAACACCAGCAGGGGCCGGGCUGCUCUGGAGCUCCGCGCUCCCUGGUGUGCAUCACAUUUCCGCAGUUUCCCAUCAUCGCGUCCAGCUGUGGCCCUCGCAGGGCGCGCUCGCUGGCUCUCACCUGACAGGUCCCUGGCCUCAGGACGACAGCCAGCACCAACACGUUCCCUACAUGAGGGACAAAGCGACGCAGACCCCCAGGGCCUGGGCAGAUGAGAGGAGGAGGGGCUCUCACAAACGCUCGGCCUCCUGUGGGAGCACCGACCAGCUCAAGGAGAUUGCCAAAUUGCGCCAGCAGCUUCAGCGCAGCAAACGCAGCAGCCGCCAUCGGAGGGACAAAGAUCGCAAAUCACCGUUCAAUGGCAGCCAUACCAUCAUCCAGUCACAGUCGUCUAUGCCCAAGACCAUUCUGAUUCCCAUCCCUAUAUCCAAGUCAUCAGCCCCUCGUUUCCGCAACAGCGUGGAGGGCCUCAACCAGGAGAUAGAACGUAUCAUCAUCCGAGACACCCCGGAAAAGGAAGAGACCAUUGUUCCACAGGAUGUUCCAGAUGGGCACCGUGCACCCCCACCCGUCCCCCCACAACGCAGCAGCAGCACCCGCAGCAUCAACACACAGACGCCCUCAGGGGGCGGCCUGAGCGGUAACCAUAGCAACUGCAGCAGCCGCCCCGACUCCAUCUCGCCCUCCUACCUCACCAUCCUCAAUGACGCGGGUGGUGGCAGCAGCCCCUAUGAGGACAAAGAGCUGGGCCCCUGCUCACCGCUUCCUAAGUACGCUGCGUCUCCCAGACCCAACAACAGCUACAUGUUCAAGAGAGAACCACCAGAAGGCUGCGAGAAGGUCAAAGCGUUUGAGGAGUCCAUGCCCAAACCUCUGCAGGACCUCCCACCCUUCCUGUGUCCUGACCGCAACAAGGUUAACUUCAUCCCCAACAGCGGCUCUGCCUUCUGCCUUGUCAGCAUCCUUAAACCCUUACACCCCGCCCCGGAGCUCAGCUUUCGCACUGGGGUGGGCCUGCGAAGCCUGUCCCCAUCCCUCGUGCCUCUGUCCACCCAGCCCUGCCUCCUGGAGGAGCCCGAGAGCUUCUGACCAGGCGGUAAAGUCACCGCAGCCCCUCUAAAAAACAACCGCCCCUCUGAAGUCAGAAAACAUUUAAAACAAGGAAACAGCCCCCUCUGCUCCAAAAAAUGCCUUCAGCAUGCCAGCUAAGCUCUCUCUGAUGUCCUUAUCUUGUUGAAGAAGUGCUUCCCACUGCCUCUCCUCCUGAAACAACUACAACAUGAGAGUCCUGCAGACCUGUGCAGGCGUCUGCAGCAAACAUUUCAUCGCUUUUUUCUACCUUUAAUGCUGGUUAUGUGUCUGUAUUUUUGCGGGGGAGGAAAAGGGGCUAAAAGGACAGACUCUUUUAUUUCAUCGUAUUAUACCAUGGCGCCUUUCCACAGACAUAUCUUUUUCUAUCUGUAGUUAUUUCUCUUGAUAUAAAAUAUGCCUUCCAUUAUGAAAAAAGGCUGCUGGUUUCCAUGGCGACCAAGAGAUUGACCACAGAGGCUCAUUUUGGUGCUGCCACAUAUGAGUAUCGUAGCAAAACCUGAAGGAUCGUGACAAGGAGAAGUGAAAAAAGAAGAAAAACAAAAUGUGCCUGAUAUUUAAGAUCGCUCAGUUUCCCCAACGACAGCAGAGGGUUCAGAUCACACAUGAUCUUUGCACUAUGUUGGUCAUAGAUACACACAGAACCGCAGGGCUUUUUAGACCAAAUCUACAUGUUUGUUUUGUACUUUAAUCAGCCUUUAACAAGCUGAUGCCUCUGCACUGUUGUACUAACUGGUACAGUAGCGUCAAGCUAAGCCCCUGCUGGUCAGUGUGUAUCUAUGGGAAACACAGGCCAGGGCUAUGAUGUAUGCAGAGUUUUCAACCUGUGUCUCCUUCCCAACCGCCAGCCUUUGCUCACAGUCUCUUCUUUUUUUUCUUUUUUUACUUCAGCACCAUCUCAACCACCCUCCUCUGACUUCCCUUUCUCUUUCCUCUUUUUCCCUCACUGUAAAUAUAAUUUCCUUCUGUCCUCCUCCUGUGUUGUGAAAUGUGUCCAGAAGGGCCUCGCCCUCUGCUGGACAGGCCUCCUCCUUGUCACUGCAGGGCCAAGAGAGGUCAGUGAACCCAACAUGCUCCACUGACAUUACUGUAUGUAAUGUAAAUGAGUUUAGAAGCUUAGCUCCUAAGCUCGUUUUUUGCUCUGUCUGGUUUGUUUAAGCUAGUUAACGAGUCAUUAACGGUCAAGUCAAGAUGGUGAUAAUUAAAUAAAUAAUUACAGCUUACAUUUUUUCUGUCCUGGGGGAAAAAAUUUAAUUUUAGUGAUUUGUGUAGUGUUUAUUUCUAAACAUUUGACUUCACAGUUAUGGGCAAAAAAAAUAAUAAUAAUCAAACGUUUUUGAUCAAUAGCAAGAUUAUGAUUAUAUGGGAUUAUUCAUUGCUAUUAGGGUUCAAAUAUUUUCAGAGUUAUUCUGUUUACUUCAAUGUUUUGCUCUUGCCAAUGGACAAAGAUGGAGGGGGGGCUUGGAACGCUUUGCAGACGUUUUAGGGACCGCAAACCUCGGAAGUUUGGGAAGAAAAUCAUCCUGUAUGGGUGUGGUUUAAGAAAAAAAGAGCAGAUAAUUACUAUUAAUUCGACCAUUUUGUCAGAAAAAUGUGCAAAAAAGAAAGGCAUCAACAUGAGAGAGUGUGGGACCGUGUGAUGACUUUACUCAGUAAAGAUUAUUUAAAUGUGCGGCAGAAAGCUGAAUGACUCUCUCCGUGUUUGGAUUGACAUUUCAAACGUGUGAGGUGAAGUUGCUCAUAUGUUGCCAUGGUGAUUGCAGUGUCUUUAGUAUGUGUGCUGCCUCUCUUUGCCCUGGCCCAUCCUCCCAUCCUGUAAAUGUCAUUGCCAUUUGACUGUGCCUGCCACAGGGGGAUAGGAAUGUACUGGAUUUGUAAAUAUAGAGGCACACCGUGUUUGUAUUAUCAGCUGACAAAGAUAUGUCAACGAAUGAAUCAAUUAUUGUAUCAUAUAAUACUCUCUACCCCCUCCCCUGUUUUUCUGCUGAGUACUGUGAAUUACUGCGUCUCAUUAUUGUGAAUGAUUAUGUAUUUAUUUAUCUAACAGGAGUGUAAUUGGGACUUUUAAACAAGAAUACAUUAGAUCACAUUGUCCAUCUCAGGUUGAAGUGAAUAGGAUAUGAAAAAAAAAAAAAAAAAAGAUACACUUAACUUCUCAGUGCAUACUAACAAGUCUACACUACCAUCAGAGAGCAAACCAACAGCUGCUAUUCCUGUAAAACCGUAGCAGAGUAGUGUGGAUGUUGUUUGAAGUCAGAGCCAGCUGGUGAAAAAGGUGAUGUAACUAAAACUGUGCGAAAAAAUGAAGAGUCCUGUUUCCAAAAUGAGGUUUCCACUUCCUAAAACAACUGUCAACACUACAGCGAAGCACUCAUUUUCUGACAUACGUUUACAAAUAAAGUAGCUUGAAAGAACAGAUUUAAUAUUAAUGUCAAAAUGAUGAUCGAUUUUCUUAUUUUUCUAAGUGGAUAAACAACAUUUUGGAAUGAGACUCGGCACGAGAAAACUCAACACAAUGAUUCUUUGUUUGCUUGUCCAGUUUAUUGGAAACAGAACUGCCAAGUUGUUGUUUUUUUCAUCUGUUUAACUCCUUACAGUCAAAUAAAAAGACAUAGCUGAAAUAAAUUAA